AGAAAAGUAACGGUGGGGUCCAGUCUGCUCGACGCUCGUUGCCCGCGCACGACCUGCGCUAUGUACCGAUUCAAAUUUCGAAACUCGUACCACGUUUCGAGCGAAACCAAAUUUUUUAAAUAACUCUUUGUUUUUUUUUAAUAUGAACAAUCAUAAUCAGCCAGUUUCAUAUCUUAUAUAAUCUGUGAAGUGGCCAGACAACGGUAAUAGUUUAUUAAAGGUUUCAUUAGAAUUUACAAUCGUUUGUGUUGUGUUAUAAUUUGUUAUGAUCUACCGGAGUUAAAAUUCGUGGCCUAAUUUAAUUGGUCAUUCGUCGCCUGCAAUUAGUUCAAAGUGACCUGUUCCCCAAGACUUAUGGGACUUAAAUGGGAGUGAAAAGACUUAAGUGAAAAGUGAAAAAUAGUUCAUUUAUGCUAAUGAUGUGAAAGACGGUCGCAAUGUGGCUGCCAACGGUGAUGUGCCUCCUGGCACGCCUGGGAACGUCAGCGGGGGGUGGCGAGAGUAACGAACUGGAUCUCAAGAGGAGUGACAUCAUUCCAGUGAGUGAGGUUUCCGUGAGUGACUCCAGCUUCAUUCCGGACGUGAACAGCACCCUCUCUUCUGAAAACAUGGGUCAGCCGUACUUCGACAAUAGCACUAAGAGAGACUACACCGCGGCAGUAGGUCAGCCGGCCUACAUGCAUUGCAGAGUCAAGAAUUUGGCAGAUCGAGCUGUAUCCUGGAUCCGCAAACGCGACCUCCACAUCCUGACCGUGGGAGUCCAUACUUACAGUAGCGAUGCGCGCUUUGCAGCACUUCACACAGAUGGCUCUGAUGAAUGGACGCUCAGAGUUGCACCAGCACAGCCAAGAGACUCCGGCGGCUACGAGUGCCAAGUGUCCACCGAGCCCAAGAUCAGCUUGUCUUUUAGACUCACUGUUGUUGUGUCGAAGGCGGAGAUCUUGUCAGGGCCUGAGCUGUUUGUGAGAGCCGGGUCUGACAUCAACCUCACUUGUAUCGCCAGGCACGCGCCGGAUCCGCCAAGCUUCAUUUACUGGUACCGCGGUGCUCAUGUGGUGAACUACGCUCAGCGAGGAGGCAUCAGCGUGGAGACAGAACAAAGAACCCGAACCAGCAGGCUGCUUAUAGCACGAGCUUCUCCCAGGGAUUCUGGCAAUUACACGUGUGCUCCCAGUAGCUCUGAUUCAGCAUCAGUGGUGGUCCACGUGGUGAGCGGGGAGCGCCCAGCAGCCAUGCAGAGCAAGGCGAUGAGAGUCAACCCCACCCUGUCAUCAUCACUCAUCAUCAUCAAACUAACCCAGAACAAAAUCCUCACGAACACCCUCCAACAAACUCUAAUAUUCACACACAAAUUACUUUCAAAUCUAAUAAUAAUUACAAAACUUCUCUGGGAAUACCCUGUUAGGAGAUUCAUUACCAGAUGACCAAAUUAAAUUUGGACAUGCGUUUUAUUAAAUUAGUUAAUUAGAGUAAGACAAACUGACGUAUAAAGAAACGAAUUAUUAAUAAGUAUCCCAUUACUAGUUGAUAAAUGGUAUUCAAUUCGUAUCAUUAGUAUUGACAACAAUAUGGCUUCGUUUUUGACGGGAACUUUCGAUAAAUUCUAGUCUACGAACUCAACGUGAUAAAUACAUAUUUUGAAUUACCAAAUAUGGCGUCGAUAUUGGUUCAUUAGAAAAAUAUUUUAUAAAAGUUGUUUUCGAUCAGUACAAGUUUUGAAAACUCACUAAUUAAAAAGAUUACACACACAAAAUAUGACACUACUAUGUACUGAGUAAGCGCAUUUUAUAGUAUAAUAAAAAAAUAAUAAUUAUAUAAAUAUGUAUGUACCUACCUGUAUUUGCGAUGAGAAGAAUCAUGUUCACAUUACCUAACUGAUACAUGAAUUAAUCCCGGUUAUGAAGCUCCAAUUAUUAUAUAACAAACAACAUCCUAUUUCAAAUUCACACCAUUAACAACACCGAACUUUAUCAAAAACCUAUGUUUUUGAUAAAGAUUUUACUUAACCGUUUCUUUGAUGUAUCAUCAACUCGAUAUAAUUUAGCUGACUAAAACUGUUACUAAUAUACUUGUAAUACGUAAUAAAUUGAGAAUAUCAAUCCAUUGUAUAUACUAAAGUGUAAGGUGAUCCAACGAGCGUUUCAACUGCCGCCACAGCGGACUGUCAUUGCAACAAAGACAAAUAUUAAUUUUAUUACCACAAAACUUAUAAAAUAACUUACAAAAUAAUGAAUCAGUACUAGUUUAUUGUUAUCUACAUUAUUAAUGUUUGAUUUUAGAAACGAUUCCUAUCUCGAGAAAAUUUCGUUGUGGUAAUGGCAGCGAGGCUGCGGCGUUCGAAACGCUCGUACAAAUGUAAAUCGUAAAUCAAUUUGUACAGUACGAAUAUUAAAAUACAACAUAUUCUUGGUUUCAAACCUGUGCAUAGAUGAUUUGAAGAUAAUGUGAAAUAACGCGCGUUCACAUAUGGGUUUACGCCAAGCAUUUUCCUUGUUAAUACAUGUUUGAAAGGAAAUAUUAAGAAAAUUUCACAAAUUGUGUACACAAUAUGUAUAUGUAUUGCGUGCCACUUCAAUAGACAAGCUAUUGUAUCCCUCAUUUAAGUGAUAUUUGACAUCGUCUAACGCUCAGCGCUUAUCACGAGAUAAAAACAACUUCGCGUUAGAAAAGCGUCCGUGCGAACGAGGACGGAAAUCUAGGACUUAGGUUUUUAGGAGAAGACCUAAUUACAAAUCUAUGUUAACAGAUUAGAGGUCUGCAAAAAAAAAAACAAACAAAUACUUUAAUAAUUAUUAUAUGCCCCAUCAGUUAGUUUUAUUCGUUACUGAUAAGUUUAGAAUUGCUAAGCAGUACUCUUUUAAAGCUAACAACGGGGCAAAUUUACAUCAUAUUAACUUGAAAGCAGUAUUGAAAUAUGUCAAUAUACUAAACUAUUAAUCUGUGCUUUUCAAUUUGUAUAAUUUAAGAAAAAAAAACAGUUUUGCUAUGAUAAAAAAAAUCCUGUUAAAAUAUCAAAGAAAAGACAGAUAUUUUUAUGAUUUUUUAUUUUAAAAUAUUCGCAUUUAUUCGAAACAUUCUUUUACCUGUCAUUAAUUUACUACCACGUUUAAGAAAUAAGUAACUGUUAAGAAGGUUAAUUUAUCAGUAAUUUAAUUAUUGGUAAGUUGUAAAAAUGUUAGUGAAA